UGGCCGCAGCCAGAGGAGCCGGUGGAAACCGCGCGCAGCAUGGGGAGGCCCAGCAAAACUAAGAACCAGAAGAAAGAGCGGGCAGAAGCCCAGCAUCGGUCUCAGGAGGCGUAUGGCACUGUGCCUCACUCCUUUGUCUUUCACCGUGGUCGUGCUGGCAAGAACCUGCAGCAGCUUGUUCUGGAUGUUCGGCGAGUGAUGGAGCCCUACACUGCCACUAGCCUUAAGGUGAGGAAGAAGAACUCUCUGAAAGAUUUUGUGACGGUGGCUGGACCCCUGGGCGUGACUCAUUUUCUAGUGUUCACGAAAACCUCCACAAAUAUCAAUCUUAAACUCUUCCGUCUCCCUGGUGGACCAACCUUGACCUUCAAAGUCGCCCAGUAUUCGCUCAUCAAAGAUGUUGUGUCGUCCCUGAAGCGGCACAGGAUGCAUGAGCAGCAGUUCACCUUCCACCCGCUCCUGGUGCUCAACAACUUUGGCACUCAGGGCAUGCACAUCAAGGUCAUGGCCAGCAUGUUCCAAAACAUGUUCCCUUCCAUCAACGUCCACAGGGUAAACCUCAAUGCCAUCAAGCGUUGUGUACUGAUCAACUACAAUCCAGACACUCAGGUUCUUGAAUUCCGUCACUACAGCCUGAAAGUGGUGCCGGUGGGGAUGAGCAAAGGCCUGAAGAAGCUCUUGCAAGAGAGGUUUCCCAACUUGAGCCGCCUGGAGGACAUCAGCGAACUCUUGGCCAGAGACAUCAACCUCUCGGAGAGCGAAGCUGAGCAGGACGGCAGUCACAACAUCACGGAGCUGCCUCAGGCUUACGCUGGCCGGGGCAACAUGAAGGCCCAACAGAGCGCGGUCCGCCUCACUGAGAUUGGUCCUCGAAUGACGCUGCAGCUCAUCAAGGUGGAGGAAGGCUUAGGCCAGGGCAAUGUGCUCUAUCACAGCUUCAUUCACAAGACUGAUGAAGAGAUCCAAGAAGCCCUGGCCAGGAAGAAGGCAAAACUCCAGCUCAAGGCAGAGCGGCGCUCCAAGCAAGAGGCAGAUGUGCAGCGGAAGGAGGAGUUGAGGCAGGCUCACAGGAAGAAGAGCCUGGAGGGAAUAAAGAAGAAGCAACAGGCCGAGGGAGGUGACAGUGACGCAGAGGAUCCUGGGAUGCAGGAGGACCAGAAUGCCCAUGUGCCCUCCGAUGACGACAUGGAGUAUUACCGGCAGGAAGUGGGAGAAGAACCUGAUGAAGAUCUGUUCCCACAAAGCGCUAAGAGGAAGCGAGGGCCCCACCAGUCCACCACGUCUGGGAAAAGGUGCAAGCGAAGCCCUUCUACAGGGCCUCAGAGCCCAGCACUGCCAGGGGCCGGCUCCAAGGCGAAGCACAGCAAGGCCUCAGGGCCUGGGCGGCAGCAGAGGCAGCAACAGCAAAGAGAUUCUCCUCAACAGCCCAAGGGGGGCUUGGGGCGGCAGCGCAGGGACGCUCCAGACUCCACCCGGCAGCGUGGAGGGCCACAGAAUCGCAAGCGGAAGCGGCCCCAGGCCGCAGGGCAGCACAGAGCCAAGCAGCAGCCUGGCUUGAGAACUCUGGGAUCUCAACGGCAGGGCAAGUCUGGACUGGGGCGGAAGCAGGCGCAGAAGGGAAAAGGCGCCUUCAGGAAGCUGGGGCGUUCUGGGAAGAAAAGACCAGCAUAG